AUGAAUCCUAACCUUAACAAUCCCUCGGGAAUUCACCAUCAUCAUCAACAAACUUCUCACUCGGUCUCUCAACUGCAACCCUCUAUCCAUCACCUCCACAGUCAUACCCACCUUCCCCCCGCUCACACCCACCCAUCUCAGGCACAUCUUCCUCAUCAGUCUCAACAGCAUCACCAUCCCUCAGACCCCACUCCAAUCCGUGAUCAGAUCGACCGCCAACAGCAAAAUCGAUCCAACAUCGAACAAUACAAGAGUUCUGCCAUUCCUGCCUAUGAAGGCUACAUCGGCAGUACCCAUGAUGCACUCAUCAUCUUUAGUGGCUGCUAUCUGGGUGAAUUCCCCAUGGUCUCUCGUAGGCUACACGAACGUGAGCGACGCUCUAUCCGCUCUGGCUCCGUCUACGUCUUCGAUGAGACCAAGGCUGGGAUCAAACGCUGGACUGACGGCCGGGUCUGGAGUCCAUCUCGAAUCCUCAACAAUUUUCUGGUCUAUCGGGAGAUCGACCAAAAACGUCCGACUGCCACCACCAACGCCAGCGGCUCGGGUACCAAUCCUCCUAACUCUAACGCUGGAGCUCCUUCAGCCACUUCCACCAACUCGAACCACAAGCAUGGCAAAGAUAAUGGAAGUCAGCCCAAGUCCGGUACCAGCAAUCAACCUGCCUCUGCCGGCCCUGCUUCCCACAAUCCAACCGGUCCCUCCCAACACUCCACCUCCAACUCUCAGUAUAGCUGCCAUCAUUCAACCAAUCCCAGUGGUCAGUCUACUAGUCAGGCUGAGUCCCGCAACUCCAACGAACUUGCAUCCUUAGACGUCAAGCCACGCAAUUCAAAAGAAGAGAAUCAAGAACAAAGCCAAGCUACACCCGGCGAGAAUCAAACUCACUCGGCUGUCACUCAACGCCCAAUGAAUCGUGAACGGGAGCGGUCUCUCGUGGGUAGCUUGACUUCAACCUAUAAAUUCCGCCCGGACGGUUUGGUGAAGAAGACCAUCAGUAUUGCCGGGAUGCACAUGAUAAGCUAUUAUAAGCUGGAUGACGUAGUGUCCGGUCGAUUACGUGCUCCUACAUCCCAUGCGUCACUACUCCGCAUGCAGAUCGUCGGCCACUUGCUCAACCCAGGCUUUUUCAGGGCCCCACCAAACUGGGGUAUCUCCAACGGGCGUUUUUGGAUCCAGGAAGAAGGUCCCGAGGAUUCCUCACAGAUGAUGAACUCUGUCACCUCUAGCGCUCCAUCAAUUCAUAGUGCUCACCGACCGGGGGCUUUGGCCUUGCCCGCCUCCGGAUCGACUUCGUCUAAUCCUCCUCAAGGGAUCCGCCCAUCACAUCCCCCAGCUCGUCCCAGUGCUUCAGAGAGAAUCUCGUCUUCUGCGCUCUCUCGGCCCGGCUCAUCCGCUAGCUCGACUGGCUCACCGAAUGCGACAUCACCCACAUCAUCUCAUUCCUUUCUCCUUCUAUCCACCUCCAAUCUGAGCAACCCAGGUGCGACGCCCAGCAGUCCGGUUAUCAACACCGUCGGAGGUCGACCCAACUUUCCUCGCGUUCACAAUAGCACCAAUACAUCCACAGCAUCGGGCUCGGGUCACCUUGGCCGGCCGUCGAUCAUGAGUGGUGCCUCCGCGAACCGAUACGAGCCUUACCCGCCAGCUGCCCGCUCUCCACCUCUUUCUGCUUCAUCUACGACCAACACCAGUACUCUGGCUGAUCAGCAAACUUCAGUACAGUAUUUUAGCUCAAAUCAUACCUCGGUUGGUCUUAAUGGUUAUUCAACACACUCCUUCCUUUCUGACUCCCACUCGGCGCCACUCGUUGGCUCGGAUCGACCAUCAGCCAAUAAUCGAAACGCUCACAAUGAUUCAUCAGCUGCUCAUGACGGUCGCAGUCUGGAGUCCGUUGGUCAAGUUAGUGGCUAUGAUGAUUCAGGAGGUUACAGAUCCGGCACAUCAACUAGUGGUGGGGGUGAAUCCCUUUACUCCCAGUAUGCUGUCACCGAUCCAGCCAACAACUCGAGCCGAUCUGCAUCGGUCCCCCCGUCUUCUUAUGGAUUGCCAUCGAUCAAUAGACUGGGCGCUAGCGGCCAACCGGCUUCUUCCUCGGCAAGCACAGGCGCGCGAGGGAUAGGCGAUUAUCAAUUCACAGGCUCACCCAGCCAGCCCCAGACCAACAGAUUAUCACCAUCGACUGGCAGCCACGGGGGGAGCUACGGUGGCUACCUUGCGCCGCCGAUGCCGGAGAAUACAUUCCGGACGACCAGCGGCGGGUCUGGUCUGGCAGAGCGCGAAAACAACACCUACGGCUCAUCGUCCCACUCGAUAAACUCAAUCACCAACACUUCCGGGCAAGCCUCCUCCGCCGCUGGUGCACAGUCCGCCUCAUUCCUCUAUCCCUCAACAUCGACCAGCCCAAGCUCGGGCUAUUCUUUCAACAACCCCGCCCGUCGUGGGUCUGCCAUGGCUACUCUAUCCGGCGAUAUCAAUAAUGGUAGUGCUGAUUCUACACGGGAUGGUGCGAGGAUCAACAGUCAGAACAGGACUAAUGGUAGUAGUUUGCAAAUGAACGAGAAUGGCGGCAACGGAGGUGAGUAG